GUGACGGCCACUCUCGCUGGCCAAUGGCGGCAAGCGAGCGGUGCCGACCACGUGGGGCGCAGGCCGCAAGUAGUACGGGGGCGUGUGGCCGCUCGCUGCCUGCCCCCCCCUUCCCGGCGCGGCGGGGCCGGGCGGCCCCAGGGCGGGCGGGCCCGGCCGCGUUGCCGGGUUACCCGCUGGCUGAGAGGCCCCUCCGCCAAUCGCGGCGGGGCGGGGGCGGGCGCCGUGACGGCUGCGGGGCGGCGGUGGCCGGGAGGGCUCAGUCCGGCCGCGGCAGCCUCCGCAGCAUGGUGGCUCCCGCCGCGCUCCCGGCCGCCGGCCUCUUCUACUGGGUGGGCGCGCUGGGCGCUCUCUACGCGGCGGCGCUGGCCUCGUACCGCCUGCUGGCCGGGCUCCGCGUCUGGGUGCUGGGGAGCGGCGCCGCCGCCGUGGGGCCGGCGCUGGGCGCCUGGGCAGUGGUCACAGGGGCUACUGAUGGGAUUGGAAAAGCCUAUGCAGAAGAGUUAGCAAGACGUGGAUUGAAGGUGAUUCUAAUCAGUAGGUCAAAAGAAAAACUGGACCAGGUUUCUACUGAAAUAAGGGAGAAGUACAAAGUGGAAACAAAAGUCAUUGUGGCAGACUUUGGAGAGAGAGAAGAUAUUUACAAUGGAAUCAAAGCGGGAUUGGAAGGCCUGGAGAUUGGUGUUUUAGUCAACAAUGUGGGAACAUCCUAUGCUUAUCCUGAAUAUUUUAUUGAUAUUCCAGAGCUGGAGAAGAUGAUUGACAAAAUGAUUAACAUUAACAUCAUGUCUGUUUGUCAGAUGACACGAUUGGUGCUGCCCGGCAUGCUGGAAAGAUCCAAAGGGAUAAUCCUGAAUAUCGCAUCAGCUUCAGGGAUGUGUCCAACUCCACUGCUGACUCUUUACUCUGCAACCAAGGCUUUUGUGGAUUACUUCUCCCGAGGCCUCAAUGCAGAAUACAAGAGCAAGGGCAUCAUUGUGCAGAGUGUUCUACCAUAUUACGUGGCAACAAAAAUGUCCAAAAUCCGCAAGCCAACCCUCGAUAAGCCCAGUCCUGAAACAUAUGUCAGAGCUGCCUUGGGCACAGUGGGCCUGCAGUCCCAGACCAAUGGGUACCUACCUCAUGCUCUCAUGGGAUGGGUCAUCUCUCUUCUACCUACAUCUACUGCCAUUAACUUAAUCAUGAAAACAAACAAACAAAUACGGGCUCGUUAUUUCAAAAAAAUGAAGGAGAAGUAAGUGAGAAGCAACUUGAUUUUGGGAACCUGGGACUCCUGCAAGUUCCACACCAUGCUGCAACAUCAAGUAGACCUAAUGUUUAAACAUCUCCAAUCGUAGGUGUGCUUUCUAACAAGAGAACAGUCUUGUUUUGAGGACACAGAUGAAACAAGACUGUUGACUUCUAAUAUUGAUUGAAAAAUAGGCUUUAUUUGUUUAUAGAUAUUAUGAGGGGGGAAGUGCUUUGAACUAAAAUUGCAUUGUGCUUUAUGAAAUACUUUCAUGGACUUGAUCAGACAUCACGCUGUUGAGGAACAUCUUGGUUAUAUAGUGUCCAUCAUAUCUAGUAUUGUGCUCAUGGGUGAAGGGCAAAAAAAAGCAGUUCUUAUAUAUUCCUGGACAGGGGUGCAGGAGAGGAAAGGGAGCAUAAUUAUUUAAAAAGGCAACCUAGUACUAUUUCCAGAGUAUUGACUUCUUGAAGCUCAAGUUUUGGAUACUUGCAAGAAUUCUGCAGUAUCAGUCAGCUCGUGAGUGCUCCCCUGCUUACACAGUCCAGUGUGAUUUUUUUGGUUAUGAACUUGAGGGAAAUGGGCCAAAAACCAAAAUAAGUAUAAUAGCUCAUCUAUAAAUAUAUACAUAAAGUAACAUUGCAAAAAGCAUUUGAAAUCUUGGGUCUUGAAUAUGGAUUCUAACUUUUCAGUAAUAUGUAAUCUUCAUGAUUUGUAAUAACAUUUUUAAAAGUUCAGUGCCUGUUCUUUGUAAUAGGUGGUGAUAACACAAUGUAGAUAAAUGUCACAAGUUACAUGUUACAUGCUGGUUGCUAUGUAAAAGAUUAUGGGUACUUUAAAUGCAGAGCUUGAAAUGAGUUACUCUCCUUGUUAGCAACGGUGGUUAAAUUCUUUUUGAAGUUAUGUAUCAGUCUGUCUUUCUGGUGAGGUCCUUUGAAAUGUAACUCCUGAAUAUUUAGAUGGCUUUAAAAAUUAGAACCAGGAAAUGUCUUGAAGAGUAGAACAAUUUUAAUUUAAUUGCAUUAAAAUUAACUGAUUUUUUUUUUCAUGGUUCUGUUCCAAAGUGGAAUGUUCCUUAUGAGGCUUAAGUUACCUAACUCCUGGACACAGGGAUCAGAGUACAUGAGAAGUCUGCACUGCUGUUGGCUGUAUUUACCUACUCUUUAUUAAAGAUUUUGGUCUCUAACAUUCCUUUUUAUAAACAUAAAAUGUAUAAAACUUGCAAGGCAAAUGAAAUUGCAAGCAGCUACCACUGUUUUCUGUGGUGAUUUCCUAUGGUUUAAGAGGGGAAGUUUUUUUUCUGUCCUUCAAAGAAUAAUUUCAAGCUCUGAUUUUGAAGUAAGACGUGUUGCACUGAGACAUGAUUUGGGGCUAACAUUUCUGUACAUUGAAAAAACCUGAAUACCGAUGCAAUGGUGCUGAUCAAAUCUGAGAUGCAGAUCCUAUCCCAUAGUUUUCUUAAUUUUUUGGAACAGGGAUGGUGAAGUUGGUGGUAUUAGUUCUCUAAGAGCACGUGAUUUGGUUUGCUCUGGAUCUGAUAUGAAAGCAUUGGACUAAAAAAUCUGUAUGUUUUUGACUUUGUAAAACAAAUAAACCUGAAAUUACUCUUGA